AUACUAGCUUUAUUAUUAUAUAACUCAUUUGUACCACAUUCUUACAUGAAUUCGCACUUUCUCAACCAUAGGUUUUAGAAUAUACAGUUCAGAAAAUGAUGACAACAUUGACAAGCAUAUUUUUUUUAUUCGCUUACAAAAAAACUAACCUUCAUUGAAAAAAAAAAAUGAAAGAAUGAGCACAUUGCUGACGCUUCCAUUAAAGGUUAUAUUGCAUCCUAUCAUCCAUCUUUCAAAAUUCAUCUGCUGCUGAAUAAUGCCAUCAAUAUCUGAACAUAAAAUGUUGAAGUUGUGGAUAUUCUAAACAAUCUGAGGAUAAUGCAAAAAAGUAGUGAUGAAACUUUCAUUCCUACUUAAAUGGCCAAAUUGGGUAUGGUCUCAGAACAGAUUCAUGUAAUCCAAAUGGUGAGUGGUGGGGUAGGCCUUGGAAUUGGAGUCUCUAUCUAUUGAUCCACGUUGGAUUUUCUGGUCACCUUCCCUUUUUCUUCUUUCCCUGCACUUUUUUGCACACAUGUUUCCUGUAUAAAUUCAACUUGAGAGCUUAGAGUAAGGAUCAGAAAUGGCCAAUCAAUCAGCCCUUCAAAGUGAAAAACUGCGCAGAGGACCUUGGCUUGAAGAAGAAGAUAGGAAGCUCACCAUAUUUGUGACUCGCAUGGGGGAGAGAAAAUGGGACUUGAUUGCCAAAGCUUCUGGGCUUGAGAGAAGUGGGAAAAGCUGCAGAUUCAGAUGGCUUAACUAUCUCCGCCCCAAUCUUAAACACGAUCGUAUAAAUUCCGAGGAAGAAGAAAUCAUUCUGAAACUUCAUAAGAAAUGGGGUAACAAAUGGUCGAGAAUUGCGCAAUGGCUUCCAGGAAGAACUGAUAAUGAGAUCAAGAACUACUGGAGAAGCCAUUUGAGGAAAAAGUUCCCAAUUCAACUUGAAGAGUGCAAAGGAAAACAUGGGAAACAGGACAAAGUUUCAUCGAAGAAAUGUGGUGCAGGAAGUCCAAGGCAUGACCAUAAUGAGAGGAAGGACAUUCCAUUGUGCAAUAUUUCUUGCAAUCAUUUUGGGUUCUCCAACUUUGAGAUCACGAGUUCGCCUUAUGAAAUUCGGGUAUCGAAUUGGAUUUCGCAUCAGUUGGCAAAUGAGAAGCAUGAAGUGAAUCAUCAUCAUGAAGAUUGUAACAGUUUGGACUUCUGUUUUUGUUAUCCAAAUAUGAACUUUGCAGAGAGAGAUGAUGAGACAGAUCAUUUCUGGGACUCCUUGGCUUCUCUUUGGGAUAUGGAAUAAUAGCAAAUUAUAUGCAAUCUUAUUGUAUUGUAAAUCAAGUUGUAAAUUUGGUUAAUACAAUAUAUGUAGAAGAAAAAAGUUAUAUAUACUAACGUUUGGCAUGUACUCCUUACUUUAA